CUAUGACCUGGAUGACGCGGAAGUCGAAUCGGUAGCUGCCACUCCAGCGAGUCGCACGAGAUCGAGACGAUCCAGCGCGACACCUUCGAGCGCAAAAUCACGACCCUCAGCCAGCAAGACCAGUAUGUUUGCGAUGCGAAAUCCUAUAUUCAGACGCGAACUCGAGGAUGGGAAGCCAGUGGAAUACUGACUGCAUGCAGAGCGUUUCUCGGUUGCCAAAAGACUUUCCGCCGUCGGCGGUGUUGCGCCUGCCAGCCCUUUAAAUGCUGUCGCGUCGUCCAACGACCAAGCAGAAGAGCCUCUGGCUGCGAGGGCCCCAAUGGCCGAUAUGGGUGGUGCUGAACUGCUUGAAAGGCAACCCGAACCCGAAGCUGAGCCAGAGGAGAAGAAGGCCUCCGUCAACGAGCCUGCUGAAGCCGAAAUUGCCCACGAGAAGCCGUCCCCCAAGAUUGCUCAAGACAAGGUCCCUGCACCAGAGCCCGCCAAAGAACAACCUACCGAACAACGCGCCGAGGUUUUGUUGGGUAAAAAAAUGGAAGAAGAUGACAUUCACGAGAUAAAAGCACUUGUCGGACACAAGGUCUCAGAGGAUGCCCCCGGCAGAAUCAUCAUUCAGGUCAAGUGGGUUGACGAUUCAGAGAUAACAUGGGAACCAGAGGAAAAUAUCCAAGACGGCGCUUCUGAAAUGCUGUUUGACUACUGGAAGAAGCAGGGCGGGCGCGAGGGAGCUUUGUUCCAGAAAGGUUCCAAGCCCUUACUGGGUGAACAGUACUGGGUCUACAAGAUCCUCAAUCACGAGAGAGUGCGGUCGGCCUUUCGAUUCCACGUCCAGUGGGUGGGCUAUCCAGCCGAUGCCACUAAUACCUCUUGGGAGACAGAGGCGAAGCUGAAGAAGUGUGCUCAGGAACUACUGGAUGAGUAUUGGGCCAUGAAGGGUGGUCGAGAUCAGUUUCUAGCCAAGCGUGGCAGGGCUAAGAAGGCGAGGACCGAGUGAUCCACCAUGACAAGGGCCGCUGCGAUUGUUAUACUUAGGCACGGCUGUCUAGAGCUUGUGUUAUCUUGAUUGCACCAUUGG